AUGGGCAAGAACAACAAGAAAAAGUCCAACAUCAUUCCUGCUGAGACCUACCUCCGCCUUCCUCCGCUCGCAGAUGCCUCCCUUGCUGACCAGCCCAUCAUCGAUACGCACACCCACCUCGUGUCGACGUUCUCGACAUACCGGAGCAAGUACAAGAACGGGACGCUUUACACUAUCCAUGACUUCGUGCGCGAGAUGUACCACAAUCGCAAUGUGAGGGCGAUCGUAGACGUGUGGUGCGAGGCACCUGUGUUAAUGGUGUGGAAGGAGCUUGCGGACUCAGCACUAACCGCAGAGGAUCGGAAACAGAAGUGGGGAGGCAUCGAUUAUUGGUUUGUGAUGGGUGAGCUAUCCGAUCGUGCACUGUUCUCGAUCAUUGCACUGAGAGAUGAUUCUGACAGGCGUUCACCCGUGCACGAUGCGAAGUCAUACAACGAUGCAGUUGAGGCUUCCAUCCUUGAAGCAAUGGCCCACCCACGAUGCGUAGGCUGGGGAGAGAUGGGUCUUGAUUACCACUACGACAACUCCCCACGGGCAAUCCAGCAAGAAGUCUUCAUCCGGCAGUUGAAUCAUGCUGUCAGGCUGGGCAAGCCACUCACGAUCCACACCCGUGAAGCGGAGGCAGACACGGAGAGGAUUCUCAUGGAGCACGUCCCUGCCGAUCACAAGAUACAUAUACAUUGUUUCACAGACUCUCCAGAAUUCGCACAGCGACUACUUCAGCAUUUCUGUAAUUUGUACAUCGGGAUUACUGGGGUUAUCACAUAUUCGACGAAUGUGAAUACGUCGAAUAUCGUUAGUCAGAUGGCCAUGAGCGAUGGUGGACCGCGUAUACUACUGGAAACAGAUGCACCCUUCAUGGUCCCUUCCAACCUCUACAAUUCCAUACCGGAAAUCAAGGGUAGCAGGUUGCCCUUGUGUCACACUGCCAUGAUCCCGUGGGUUGCAGAAUAUACCGCAGGAAAAGCUGGGCAUCCCUGGAAUGGUGCAGCUAUCAUGAAGCGCGCCAAUGAGAAUGCAAAAACAGUAUACGGCGUCCAAUAG